CAUUCUUCCAUUGUACCCAACGCAACACACCUCAGGCUUCCUUCUUCCAGCAAUGGCGGCUUUGACCGGGGCAGCGCUCCUCCUCGCCAGCCUCCUUGCUCUCGCAGCCAUCACCAGCGGCAACACCGAAGGUGACAUCCUCUACUCGCAAAGGCAGGCGUGGAAGGACCCCAACAACGUGCUGCAGAGCUGGGAUCCGACGCUUGUCAACCCCUGCACUUGGUACCAUGUCACCUGCAACAACGUUAACUCCGUCAUCCGAGUGGACUUGGGGAAUGCAGGCCUCUCAGGCGCCCUGGUUCCUGGACUGGGACGAAUGGUGAACCUUCAGUACCUGGAGCUGUUUGGGAACAACAUCAGUGGACCGAUUCCAGCAACCCUCGGCAACCUGACACGCCUGGUCAGCCUUGAUCUCUAUGACAACCGUCUCACCGGCGCGAUACCAGCCUCGCUCGGGAACAUCGAGACGCUGCGUUUCCUGAGGCUGCAUGGGAACAAGCUUGCAGGUGGAAUACCGGCGUCGUUGGGCCGUCUGAAGAAGCUUCAGGCCUUGGAGCUCCAGGAAAACAUGCUGAGCGGCACGGUGCCGCGGGAGGUUCUCUCCCUUGUUCUUGUCGGGGACUUGACUGAGCUUAACGUUGCAAAGAACAGUCUGGCCGGCACUGUCAAAUCUUCUAAACCAAGAGUAGCUACUGUCAUCCAGGACACGCUCAAGACUACACGUCUACACGCUGAGCAGCACUGACAACCUGAACUUUUGAGACCCCUGACACCACCGUGGAGCCUCUUUUCUGUGGCCAGCUGGAGCUUUCUGAACCCACCUGCAUGAUGCACCACAUGAGGCCAAUUAAGUGUGUGGCCUUUGAAGGAACCUUAACUGGAAGGCGUUUCUAUGGUUGUCCAGUGCAGCAGGAAUAGUACCUUAAUUGGAAUCAUUUUCUUCUGAACCCACACAUGUAUUUACAAGGAUGACAAGUUGCUGUUCUGAACCCACACAGUAUUAUGUUAACAAGUUGCUCUUCUGAACCUACACUGUAUUAUUUAGGAUGAACUGCAAUAUGCCUUGUAUUAAGGUAUUGAUGGAUAUGGUUACUAUCAAAAAUGCUUAUGUAUAGGAAGCAUAUAUCUGUGAAU